AUAGAGCUUUGGUUGCUCCCAGGCUGAGCCACGUGAACGUUCCGGCCCUGAACUAUCUUCUAAGGUCAGAAAUCUACGUUGCCGAGGACGGGUAGCUACGCGCGUGUCAUUUGGUUUUGGGCUAUCGACCACUAACUCAUUCUUUCCAAGCCAUUGGCCACGCCAUCAGAGCUAGUAGUCCCAGGUUGGCUAGGAUUGACGUGUCCAAGCCUAAGUUUCUGGCCCGAGAAGAUCUUAAGCCAGUCGUGCUACCAGGUGUUCGGGAUCCUCCACCGGCCGUGCAACUGUCUCCACCAAACAACCUUGAAGUUGCUACGCCAGCUGAAGGAGAGACCGAAUCAUCUCGUCUUUCCCUUGAGGAGGAAAUAGACGAGUUCUAUUUUGAAGAGGAGGUUGAUAAAGCCCCCUUAAUUGAGCUCUUGAACCCUGAAGGAGAGCAGGAUCGAAACUCCGUGGCUGGCGCUCCGAUUAUUAUAGCCUGCUCGGACGACUCUUCGGAUGAGGAAGUAGACAACAUGGCUGGCAAGGGAAAAACUUUACGAGAAUUGAUGUCCAACCAAGGAAAGGGCCAAUCUUCGAAAGCGCCUGCUAAGUCGCAGGCCCAGGACCCUCCCCCAACCGCCCCUCAGGUUCCUUCCGACCUUGGCCUCAAGGUUAACCCGGACCUAAAAAAGAAAAGGCCGGUUGACGUUCCUAAGGAAGGUGAAGUAGCCCCCCGCUCGGCCAAGCAGUAAAAAGCCACUCGGGGGCAGAGGAAUAAAAGGGCUAACUCCGUGGAAAGCCAAGAUGAGGAGAAUCGGGCUGAAGUGCGCGUUAAUCCACGCGUAUGGAGUCCGAAGUUAGAGUUAGACGAGGUUGCUAUCCCCUAUAUUGCCUCGGUUCGAGAAUACAACAGGGGUAGAGCAGGUUACAUAGCUAAGGCCCUGGAGCAGCCAGUGCUUCUUCCUCGGGACAUGGAGGCCUACAGGCGAUUCUCCCAGCCCGAGCUUUUUCUGUCCCUUAAGAGGGACCUUACGAUGAUCACUCAGCAGGUGUUUGUGGCUGAGGAGUUCUGUCGCAACAACCGCAGCUUGGCUGAAGCUGAGGUCCAGUCUCGGACAAAGGUGGAGAAAACCGUGGGGUCCCUCAAGCAAGAGAACCUUGAACUUGUGGAGAAGUUCAAAGAGUCGGAGAAACAGCGCCGGAGAGCGGAGGCUGGCCUGAAGAGUGCUGAAACCCAAGCGGAGGACCAGCGCCAGAAGUUGUUCGUAACCGAGACCAGCCUUGCUACUGAGAAGCAGAAUGUACUGGAUUUUAAGGCCGCUCUACAGAAAGUUGAGGACGAGAUACGGCGGGUUAAAGAAGAGGCUCAGCUGAUUCGGGAGGAUGCAGAGGCUGAAAAGAAAGCUGCUCAUCAGCUCAGGAUUCAAGAAACGGAGGCCAGGCUCUCCGAGGAAAUUCCCGAGGUGUGCAAGGACUACUGCAGCAUCUCAUGGGCUCAUGCCCUUGAUGCUGCAGGAAUUCCUGCAAAUUCGGUGCUGAGAUUGCCUGAGAAGGUCUUCUACCCUCAGGAGAUCCGAGAGAAUCCUGAUGGUGCUCAAGCAGCUUCUGAGCAGGGCUUGGCUGUGCCUGACGCCAUCCCUCUGCUUGAUAAAGCCAAGGAUCCUGCCAAGGACUCCAUCUCCGAGGCUCCUCCUCCUCAACCAGAGCAGAAAAAGGAUCCUCCUGCUGAGGCUUAGCUUUUAGGGUUUUAA